UUUGUGUUUCACAAACACAUCUUAUAUGUCUUCAUUGUACAUAAAGAUUUGUCUGUUGGGAAAAGUGUCAUUUCAGUAAAUUUGCUGCAUUGAAAAAUAAUGAGGAGUCCUGGAUGUGUGUGGUGGGGUGUCCUUGCCUUGACAUGAAAUGUUCCAAUCUCCGGCUUCGUAGUCGAAAUAUAUAUCGACAUGUACGACCGGAUAGUGGAACGAGUUGUCUGAACCCGUUUGGAGAUUGUAAACAAACUUUCACGCCGAGAAACGGAUUGUUGUCUUCAUCAGGAUACUAUUUACACUUUUCUGUGUAGACCGUUUUAGCUUUAGUACAAGGCUUUUAAUUCGCUAUCAAAUAAGAAAUUUUACACGAACUCAUAACUUGUGAUUGAAAUUUAAGUGUACCACAUGUUGCUAGAAUUUCCUCGGGUUCGGCUCUCGCGACAACUCGUUAAUAGUGAAGACAAACAACGAAUUUGAGCAUAUAUUUAGCAUCCAGCAGUAAAGACUGUGAUGUAAAAAGAGUAAUAUCAAUAAUGUGAAUUUUCCCAUCCAAACAAAGCAAUUAUUCAAAGAACUCAUGAAUAAAGGAUGAGGGAAAUUUAGAACCAGGAAGUAACCAUGGAGUAUCUGGAGUGCAUGAAAACUGGAUAUAAUCCUGCUCAUGUUCAAGUAGCUUGUGAUGGAACUUAUAUAGGACUACCACUAACGAGGACAACUGUGGGUGUGUGGAAUCUACAAGAUCCCUCCGCACAGCCCCUUAGACUUGAAGGACAUCGUAAGAUUCUGACCAGUUUGGUGCUAGGGAAUGUUUCCAAACCAAAGAGACUGUGUUCAGCGGCAGAGGACUAUGUUAUUGUAUGGAAUAUUCACAGUGCUCUGGAGAAAGCAGAAAAGGGUGAACAGAUACGGGGGGUGAUAAUCGGUACAACACUUGGAUACAUUCAGUACUGUGCCUUUAGUCCUGAUGACAGUCUAGUUGCUGCCUGCAGUAACAACGAUGUUCUUAUACUGCGAUCUAAUACAUCUGAGGUGGUGGCAGCAUUGGAGGGUCACAAUAACCGGGUUACCUGUGCAGAAUUCUGUCCACAUUAUUCAUCAACAUUAGUCACAACGUCAGAAGAUAGGACAUUUAAGGUAUGGAAUAUAGCAGAUCUGUCUUUAGUGUACCAGUCCACAAUCAUCACAGCUUCACCAUUUCUCAGCAUGACAAUGAACCUUCACAUGCCCCAGGUUGCCAUAGGAACGGCAGACGGAAUUGUGAGAGUGUUCGACUUGUCUGACGGAAAAGACUUCCGCUGUAUUCAUCAAAUUAACAUCGGGAAAAUUAUGGACAAAUAUCGCAUUAGUAAAGAGCAGAUGUUGUUAACACCAAAGUCUUCAAAGAAUGGGCCAGUUACCAUCAGUAGUAAACCAUCCUAUCAGAGAAAAGGGGACGUUGGGGAGCUGAAGGAGGAAGUGACGGUCCAAGACGUGGCAGAAACAGGAUGUGCCAUUCUGGGUCUCUACUUUACCUGGGUCCCGGAGGAUGACAGAGGAAGUUCUGCCCGAUCUGUUGGCUUCCUGCAGCGAGCUAACACCAUGAUCAGAGACUUGUUCAGUGCCUCCCCUAUGCUGGUUGUGGGAACGACAGGAUCCUUGAUACAGAUCAACGCCAAGACUAUGGAAGUCAUCCAGUAUUAUGAUCUACAAGAUCCAGUCCCUCCAUCAUCAGAUGAAAAAAAGGAAGUCUAUAUAAACAACGCUGGUUCUGCUUACUUCAGUCAAGGCGAGGACCCAGGAAAGAUUCAUUGUGUUAUUGGAAGCCAUUUUCAGAAUCAUGUUCAUCUCUUGAAUUGGGACCAUGCCACAUCUAAAUCAAAACCCUGUAAUUUCAAUUCAAGUAUUGAGGACUUAACGAGCAUUUCUUCAGAAUUGCCUAACAGUCAAACACAAGAUAGGAAACUGCCCAUUUUGACAGUCCUAUCUAGUGAUCCUAUAUUGCCAAAUUCAAUACUCAAACAAGGUCUUGUUCCUAAACAAAAAGAGGAGGCUUCCACUAAAAAGCAGAAAGGUCAUCUUUCCCCAUCAAAACCAGGUCAAGGGGUCAAAGAUCAACCACUGACCUUUCAAAGCAAGAUCAAGUCAUCAGGCUACACAGAGGCUCCCAGGAUGACUAUGUUCAAACCAAAAACAAGUUCUACAAAGCCAACAUCUACAGUGAAGAAGAAAUCCUCCAUCGGUUUACUUGAGAAUGCUUUAGAGAAAGAAUACCCUGCCAAUUCUGGCCCUCCUAAAGAUCUUGUGUAUGGCUGGGAUGUUGCAGAAAGACCCACACCUGUUAAUUCAAUAUCUUACUCAGGAGAUGGUCAUAGUCUUGCCUGUGGUCUUGCCAACAAGUCUGCCCAAGUGUUUCGAGUUCCUUACAAGGAAAAAGGAAGUUAUAGCUUAGCUCAUAAUCACAUUGUGAACGAUGUGCAAUGGAGUUCUGACUCAAACUGGUUGAUAACAGCAUGUGAUGAUAAAACAGUAAGACUAUGGCAACGAGGCCAAACUGAGGCUGCCCUUACCAUAGCGACCAAACUUCAUAACCUAGCGGAGGGCGAGGGACCAAAGAAAGACAAGGAGAACGCCCCUUUUCCUAAGGAGAUAAGAAAUGCCCAGUUCUACUACAUGGACCGAUUCCUGAUUCUGUCAUCCUCCAACACAUUGUACAUGUACAAAUAUCACCUGGAUCCCACAAAACAAGACAUCAAACGGUAUGUGAAUAAGAGUAAAUACAAGCUAGUGCAGUCCUUCACAAUGGAUGCCCAAUACAUCACCGCUAUGUCUGCAGUGAAUGAGUUUUACUCCUACAUCGUAAUAUGUGCAGGAAGCAGUAAAUCUCUAGAAGUUUAUGAUAUGAAUGUAGGAAAGUGUGUACGAACCAUACCGGACGUACACACCAGACCUGUUCAUUGUAUAAAGCAACACGAGGGAUCAAAAUUUGUUUCACACCCUCGUGAUGCCUAUGAUUUGUUUUUGACGUCAGCUGCAGGUGACUGCAUCAAAUUGUGGGAUCUCAGGGCAAAUAGAUGUGUGAGGAGGUAUGAGGGUCAUAUGAACAGAUCAUUCCCAUGUGGGGUGGAUCUAAGUCCAUGUGGGAAGUAUGUCGUUACAGGUUCUGAGGAUAAAUGUGUUUAUGUGUUCGACAUUAGGGGUGGCACCUACUGCUCCAAGUUGACCGGGUUCACUGACACGGUGUCUGCUGUGGCAUUUCAUCCUCUCUAUUCACAAUUGAUGACAGCCUCUCUUAAUGGGAAGCUGAAGCUUUUCACAGAUGAACCCUCGGUGCUCAGUGGCUGUAAGCGUUUGUUCAUGGCCAUCGCAAUGCUGUUGCCUAUUCUGGCCAUUUCAUUCCUGGUGACGGAGGCCAAAAUUUCCCAAGACUCCAUGGCUUGGCCGGGCCUUGGUCAGCUUUACGCUCUUGAUGAUUUGAGGGGACGUCUGGAUAAUGGCUACUAUGAUUUGGAGAGUAGAAGUUCGCCGAACGAAGACUGGUCCAAUGUCGGAUACCAAGAACCAACUCUCAACGACGACAUAUUUAGCGAAGCAUCCAUAAGGGAUCAAGAAUAUCAAGAAAACAGUCCUCUUUGGGGAUACCAGUCAGUUUCUGGAGGAACUGGCGACGGAAAAGACAAUCCCAAGCAGGUCAAAACGGACAAAGUACUCCCUGCCUACUGCAACCCACCCAACCCCUGUCCCAUCGGAUAUACAGCUGAUGAUAACUGCGUGGAGAAAUUCGAAAACAGCCCAGACAAUAACAGACAGCUGAUGAAACAACAGGAGUGCUCAUGUGACAAAGAACACAUGUUUAGUUGUCCAUCUGACAACAAAAUCAGCACCAAAUCUGUGGCCUCCCUGGACAGCGUCAUUGACCAGCUCGGGAACAUGGAUACGGAACACGCUGGAAAUCCUUAUUUCAAAGGAUCCCAUAACAUGGUGGCCGCCAAGAAGGGCUACUAUACGAAAAAACACCAGUAGAGGUAGACAAUGGAAGUUAUACAGAGCCCACUGAUCUGCUAUUCUAUGCGUUUUGAACCUGGUGCCGCCCUGAAAGAAGGAUUGCUCAAGUUCACGGAAGAUAACGAACUGUCUGCAGCCUUCGUCAUCACGUGUGUAGGAAGUGUGACUAAAGCAACUUUGAGAAUGGCGGAUAGUACCACAAUUAAGACCUUCGAUGGGCCAUUUGAGAUCGUAUCGUUAGUAGGCACUCUUUCCGGCGGAGGUCAUCUUCACAUGAGUAUGAGCGACAGUGAAGGAUAUGUAUUUGGAGGUCACGUCAUCGGUGACGUCAUCGUCCACACUACAGCAGAAGUAGUGGUUGGAAACUGCACUGCUGCUGUUAUGGCUAGGGAACACGAUAAACGAACAGGCUACAAAGAACUAAUUCUGAAAUCAAAGUCGAUGUAAUACAGAGGGCACAUGGGCCCCAUCGCUCACCUAAAGAUUGCCAACUGUCUCAUUCCUUUAUCUAUACAUUUUACAAAUGUACAUGAUCCAUUCAUGAAAGUUUUCAAUAAACUUGAAUCA